ACGUGGCGCAGUGCAGUCCGUCGCUGUGCCGUGCCUGAAGCCAGCCCAGCCCGGAGCCUGUCUGCCAACAGCUUCAGCAGCGGACCUAUUUAGGAACCACUUCUCUUACUAGCAAGUGAAGGAGCUCCCCUUUCUUUUUUUCAGAGGAUUGAUCUUCAACAUGGGCGACAAAAAGAGCCCUACAAGGUAACAGUGUGCUCUGUGUUGAAUAAAUGAUUGUUUUGUGCGUGUUGGGCUGUGGAUUUGGAUGCGUCAGGGCUCCUUUCUGCCUUUUUCAGUUAGUAUGUCAUAGCUAGCUAGAAUAGUGCAGUCACUAUGGCGGCUUCUCGCUCCCAAUAACCAGUCACUUAUCAGACAAAGGGAUUUUUUCUAAGGAAACGCUGGGCAUUGCCUGAAAUGCGUUCCUGUCACGAUUUAGUCUUUUUGGGAGACCAUAUCGAAACGGACCAUAUUUAAUAUCGGUUUUGUUAGCCGACUGUCUAAGUUUCGAUGUCAAAAAAAUAGUAAUUCCUUCCUGCUCGUUAGCCUAGCUGCCAAUGCAGUUAAAGACGGUCUGAACCCCCGACUUGGAGAGAAAAAUAGUCUCCAUGGAUACAAACUAGCCGGGGCUUCAACCUCUUAACAAUGACAACCCAACGAUGGUUUUGUCUGUAAAGCAUGUGCUUUAUUGUUACAAAGCGUCUCGUGUUUUUUUAGUCUCUUUUCAUGUUGUUUAUGACAGAGGUAGGUGGUAAGAGUCACUCUGUAUGAAAAUAAGAAUUUCCCAUUUGUCUUCCUUGUAAGGCCAAAAAGACAAGCUAAGCAGACCGCUGACGAAGGCUACUGGGACUGUAGCGUCUGCACCUUCAGGAACACUGCCGAGGCUUUUAAAUGCAGCAUCUGCGAUGUGAGGAAGGGCACUUCCACAAGGUAACACAGCGCCCCCUCCUCUCUCUGUCUCUCUCUCUCUUUUUCUCUCCCUCUCUCUCUCUCUGACUGUCUGUCUCUGUGUCGUCUGAGCGUCUCGAUUUCCCCCUGCCUGGCUGGUUGUAGAUGCAUGGCAUUGCAAUCUAUGGGAAUGACAACUUUGAUCGACAGACUUGAUGGGAAAAUAUUACUUUGUCAAAUGCUCCUGCCCUUGUCUGGUUAUCCAUAUCAUCUUAUUCUAUGCAACUAACAUUUUCUGCUUCCUAAAAGGAGGUGGAGUGGGGAAGAGGGAUUGUUUUUUUUUAUGUUCAUAAUGGGUGUAUAGCCACGGUGCAAUAUCCUAACAAUACUUUGAUGCAUGCAAUAGUGCAUUUCGCCAACCUGUGGGAUUGCUGAGAAGCUAGACAAGAUGUAUUGAGCAUAAGCUGGGGUUAUUAUUGCUCUCAAGGAGGUGGUACCUUCCUUGAUGUGUGAACGAACCUGCGCGUGUAUCGCUCUUAUCGGCUUGACAGGACACAUUUACACUGAACAUGAUCAACUGUACUGUCAAAAAAAGAGAACUCACAUGAGAUCAAGUUUUUGUAAAAGCUAGUGUGUUAAAUUACAUGAAUAAAAGCAGAGUUACCUAAAAAACAAUUCAAAGGUAAGGUCUGGAAACUGCACUUGGAGAUUAAAGUCAAAACUGCAAAGAACUUUGACCAAAUCAAGUUUUAUGAAAAGAAAAAAAAAACAUGAUGGUUGCCAAGUAGAGGCUUAACACAUGCUGUAGUACUUCACUGUAUUUAACAGAUCACAGUUUAGAAAACAUUUUUCGUAUCCAUGCGAUGGGAGAGAGAAGAGGGGAAGAGGAAGCUGAUCAUUUCAGUUACACGAUAAAACGACUGAGAACAAAACUUUGGGAGCCAGAGGUCAGUUGGUAAACAUAUUUGUUGACUGAUGUAUCAUACACUUAUAAGAGUAGUGUAAUGGAUGAAAAUGAACAAAGUUUUACAAUAACCACAGUAAGGGACACAGUUAAGGUGUGAAUGAUCACAAAUCACACUCAGUCUGUCCAGGUCUUCCCCCUAAGCUGAUGCUACCGUAGCUCUCAGGACACAGUAUGACAUGAAGGAGGGGCUGCUAUAUCUUAAACAGCUCUUACAUUUAUUUUAAAAAGUUUUUUUAAUCUUGUUUUUAUUUGUAUACAGUAGUGACAUCAUGAAAAUAUCUGGCAUGCAUGUUUUGGAAAUUUUGCCCUGAACAUUCAAGUGCACCAGAUAUGAGAAUCAAAGCAGACAAGUAGAUAUAUGGGGAAAAAAAGAAAACCAAAUGCAUUAAAAGAUAAUACACAUAAAUUCAUCCAUCAAAUUAUAAUAAAGGCUUACAUAAUAAUAAUAAUAAAAAUUAUUGUCGCCUAAGAAUACAACAUCAAAUCUAAAAAGGAUUGUGAUUGCACUUUCUGUAAAGUUUGAUGUGUAUUUUCAAGAAAUUAGUCAGGACAGGGCAAGAUAAAAAUAUGUGACAGUGAUUUGCAUUGAUAGUUUUGCAUUGCCUCCAGCAAGCAGAGUUUUGAAAUGUGUAACUUUUCUGUCCUGAGGUUAUAAAUAAUCCAAACUCCUCGAACAAAACUCCCUCCAAGCCAGUGAAUAUGUAGUUUCCCACUUUAUAAGGCAUGUGGUGUGACAUUCAUCACCCUGCUUUCGUCAUCCCACUUUUUUCUUCAUAUUUUCAGAAGUCCCUUUUGAGUCUUGAGUCUGAAUUUUACUCUUGAGUUUAGAACUAUAGACAUUUUCAUUUUUUUCAUCCUCUAAUUUAUCCAAAGAAAUUCCUCAUAAUUGGAGGUAAUACUCUUCCUGUACAGUCUGGACCUUUUUGUAAGGCAUUCCUUUAGGUUGUGAUACGUCUCCUCUCCCAAGUAUCAAAUCUUUUGUUAUUUUUACAUUCGAACAGAAGCCACUAUUAUUUGCACACCACCUUUGUAGUUUUGUAAUCGCUUUUGUAUAGUUUUUGAAUUUCCCUCCCAACUACAGACAUACAACGAUAACUGGAUUUGCUCUGUCCACGAGUGUGGUAAAAUACUAAUUUUGACUGAUUUCUCUCAUGAGCUUAAAUUUAAAAAGUGAAUCAAUUUUCAUCUUGUCUUGUCUGCCUUCAGUUUAGAGUUUUGGAGUUUAUGGUUUAUAUUAAAUAAAUUUGAUAUGUCUUUUGGUAGAUAAAUACCCAGAUAUUUAACUAAACCUACAUCUUAUUUCAUCUGGUAUUUUUCAAUAAUAUCCUUUGUGGGCUGAUAGUUUAAAUGUUAAAACUUUGAGACAUGAACUUUGUAACCAGACAUGUAGCUUAUUCUUCCAGGUAACCCAACAAAUCAGAUAUGGGGUGGAUGGGUUGUUCUGAAAAUAUCGAAGUAUCAUUUUUUUAAUAAGCUAUUUUUUGUCUCUUUUGUUGGAAUUCCUUUUAUAUGUUGAUUUUGUUGAAUCAUUGACUUUGAGGGUCAAUGUAAAUCCAAGCAGCACAAAGACUGCACAUCCCUGUCAUCCUCCUCUUCAAAAGGAGCUCUAAUGUCCUCAUUCUCCUUUAUUCUAGCUGUUGUUUAUUAUAUUAUGUUUUCAUCAUUUUUCUGAAUUCCUCGUAGAAAUCCAAUUUAUAUGAAGAUUUGUACAAAAAUUCCCUAUUAACCGUAUCAAAGACCUUCAGUGUAUCUAAGCUAAUCAGAGCUGACUGUUCUGUUCUCUGUGACAUGCAAUGUUCUUCUACAGUCAUCCUGUGUUUGUCUUUGCUCAAUAAACCUGCUUGGUGAAGAUGGAUCAGGUCUGGUAGACAUUAUUUGAGUACACUUAUAGGUCUUGAUUGAUCACAUGCUUGUUUGUUUUUGAAGUAGGCAUCUCUGAUUUUUUUUUACAUAUCCAAUGAUUAACCCUCAUUAAAAAGGUGUUAACUUAUCCCUCAGCUUCUUGUGACAUAUUGUGGUGAAGCUAUACCAGGAGAGCUAUCUACCUUUUAGACUUGUAAUUAAGCAUAACUAAUUUGUUUUACUGUAACUGAUGCUAAAUAAAGUGAAUGCAGGAAAGUCUAUCUGUCAGGGUUUCAGAUUUUACAUAAAUGACUGUCUGCUUGUAUGUUUCCCAGACUUGGUGUUUGAGAAAGAUUCAAUUCUUUUGCUGCGAGGCGGCUGUGGCUCAGUGGUAGUCAAUUGUCUCCCAACUGAAAGGUCGGGGGUUUGAUCGCAGGGCUGUCCACAUUCAGAAGUGUCACUCGCCCCUACUGGCUUGGUCAUCAGUGUAUAGGUGAAUGUGACGCAUAAUGUAAAAGCGCUUUGAGAGGUCAGAGAACUAGAGAAAGUCAGUUAGGGUUAGGAUUAGGGUUGAGGUUUAGGUUUUGUCUUUCCUGUGUUCUUAUUUCAUUGAUCUGAUAUUCAGCCAUUUACAUUUCUUGUACCUUGUGUGUGUACCCUGUGGCUGUAAUUACGUAAAUCUUUCAGGUCUCAACUUUUCAAUAUAAGCUGUUUUAGUAACGAUUUUUCGAGGGAUGCACUGAAAAUUUGGCCACCGUAUAUUUUUGGACGAAAAUAUCCCAGCAUCAGUCUAUGAGGCAUCUACAUACAUUAUGUCUUCCUUUUAUGCUCUAUUAUUUGUGGGUUGUUACAUAUGCUUGAAUUAAACUUCCACAUAGUUGUUCAAGUUUUUGGGUUGAAUUAAUUGUAAGAUAAAGAGUGUGAAGUGUGUGUUCUGUCCAUUUUGAUGUAAAUGUACUGUUCUGAUGCUAUUCAAGAUUGUAAAAAGUAGUUUAGUUUAAUAAUCCUCCACAUGCUGUUUGCUGUACGAAAUGAUCCAUGUGGAGAAAAACUCAACUUUAGUAACUUAUAAAGAUUCUGCUAAUAAAGAUGGAGAGAAACGAAAAGGAAGGGGAGAGGAAAGCAGCAGCUGUGUGCAGAGAGCAGGGAUGUGUGCUGGGGGAUUGGCUGAGGGGAGCGAGGUGAACCCAGUAAAUGAGGCUCGUUUAGAAUAACCACUGACUAAGGGUACAUUUGAUUGAGUCACCGCUAGUAAAUCAAGGGUCGGACUUGACUAUCCCUCUUAUGCUGGGCUUUCGCCAAAUGAUUUUCACAGUCCCAGACUAAAAACUGAAAGUCUCAAGUAAAUUUAGGAGUUUUACUGAAGUCACAGUGGAGUCACAGCGUGCUCCUGUCAUCUCGAUCGUUAAGUUCAAGAUGGUAAUCUGCGCUGUUUCAUAUUAGUCUUCUCCUAGUCUUGGGUUUUAUAUUAUUGCAAGUCGCAGUGACUUAACACAACCAACAACCAAUAGAUGAGCUCUGACAAAAGUAGCAUAGAAAACCUGACAGACGAAAUAAGAGGAACAAGAAUGUACGAAGAAUUACCGGUGAGAAAAAAGGAGGGGAUAGUAGAGCUGUAGGCAGAUCAGUCUUGCCUAUUCAACAUCAACUGCAGGGUUUCCCCUACAUGUAAUGUCACACUGCCACAGCUAAAUAAAAGCCACCACACCUCAAAAAUAAAGUUUUUUUUACACGCUACCUCGGACUCAGUAUGUAUCAGUAUAUGCAAUACAUACAGGCUGCACCGUGGGGCGCGCGUGCUGAGUAUAAGCAUUAGUUUAAGCAUUAGUGAGUUCCAAGUUGUCAUAUAUGGACGCACAGCUGAUUAACAGCACUUUGUGAUACAUUCUGUGUAUGAAAAGUGCUUUAUAGAUAAAGUUUAAUUGAUUGAUUCUCCUGCUGACACUCUGCCAGCUGAUUUGGCUAAGGUCUUUAUUCAGUCUGGUCUUCAGAGAUGGAUGGUUUUAUUUGUGAUGGCAGUAGACCAUCUGUAGCUUCCCAAGUCGUGGAGUAGUACAUCUGAAUACCGUCACUCUGGUGGACCCUCAGUUUUUCUGGAUAAAGAGUUUGGAAUAGGAUAUUUUUUUCCAUAUAAACUAUCUCACAACAUUAACGUGCUCGCCUCUUUUCUUCUGGAGUGCUGGUGAUGCUAGAUGAUUCCAUUAUUAGUCAUGAAUUAACCAGUUUUUAAACAUUAUAGGGGGAUUAACCUCCAAAGACUUAAAUUGUGGUUGUGGCAUUGUGUAGUCCACCGUAGGCUGUUAACAGACACCAACAAUGAUAGCUAUGUUUUCUGCAAGUUGAAUUUGCAUUCAGGGAUCUAUGCACUUAGAUUUUUAGAAAAAGACUAUUAAUGGAGUACUUGGUACAACCAGCAAGGGCGGAUGGGGUCAUCUGCAUAUGGACUACCCUGGGAUCAAACACCUGACCUUCUGACUGGGAGUUGACCGACUCCACCACUGAGCCACAGCUGCCCCACAGAUCAAUAGAAGACCUGUCAGACUUUGAAGAGAGCUAGGAUUGUAUGUAAAGUUGCUCUAAUCACCAGAAGUGAAGUGUGAUGAUGCCUAUGAACACCCAACAGUUGGUUAAAAUGUGACUAUGAUGGUUCGUGGCUUUGUUUUUUGUUGUAAUUAGGCUAAUUUAUACACAAAGAGGUGUUGUUUGCGCUAAUUGAAGACAAUGAACCAUUUAAAUUCAUGUUAAAGCCUUUAUGCUUUGGGGAAAAUGUGAUGUCUGUUUGGCUGGAAUUGGUGAAUGAGACCCUCACUUUAUGUAAAGUAUGAACAGCUACAAUCUGAGAAUAUGAUAUAAAGGCCCGUCUCUUAUAAAAGCCUGUUUCAAUCAAAGGCCUGGUACUUUAGGCAGCCUUUGUAUUAUUAGAAAAUGUAAAAGGUGAAACGUAUAUCCACUCAUUUCAACCACCCUCUUCCUCUUCAAUAAGUUUCAACUCAUGUCUGUUCCUCAGACCAGAGAAAGAUGAUUUUGUAAACUACUGUAUGUUAAGAACUCGGUACAUUUUAGUUUCUAACUGAAUCUGUAAUACCUGAGUUUCCAUUUCUCUCCUGCUUUUGAUUUUUAUUGUGUUUUGUAAAGUUCCUGUGGCUGUUUAAGAAUAAAGGUAUUCAGGCAUCUGAAUAUUUAAGGACUUUUUAUCGCGAAGAGUUGGUAGGAAAUUGAAAAUGUUUACCAUCAAAUUAACUAAGCUUUAGUGAAGCUAUGAUUUUGCCGUUAUUAGCAGGGGUUACAGUUGCUACUCUGACUUAAAGUAACAAACAAAGCUCACUUCUUUCCAUCUUUUUGGACUCAAGACUACUAAGUCAUCAGUAAAUGAAAACUUAAAGGAGGAAGAGCUGUGUUGAUGGAGACACAUCCCUGCAAAUUGGUGACUUUCUGGCAUCAAACUUGGAGAGAAAAGAGCACCAGCUAACCUGAUGGAUGCCCUGAUGCACUUUAAUUAUGAACACUAAAACAAAAAGGAGGUGGUCUCUGAUGUGUGUGGCGGUGGCAGCUCUGCUCUGACCAGGAUGCAGUCUUGCUUUUAUUCCUUUUUUUUUAUAACAGAGUUUGCUAAUUCAUCCCACCGCCGAGGGCCAACAGAGGAGAAGACUCUAGUCAGUGACUUAGGGCCUUGUUUAAUGGGAGCAACAGGUGCAUUUCAUUGGCACAGGGUAACAGGUGGGAAGGAGUGUAAACCUGAGGGAUUGAGGGACUGCAGAUAGGCAGGUUUUCUGAUUUAGUUGGCAAGAAGUCGGGCUUUCUGUUUGAUGUGAGCUUCUACUGGAAGUCAGUAGAAAUGCAUGGAAAUGCAAUCAGACUGAGACGCUAAGGCAGAAGAACUACUGCAUCUGCAGUGCAAAAUGAUUAAUAUAGUGAUUAUUACUUAAAGGAAAUGAUAAAGUAAUGCUCAUAGAUGUUCUUCCUUGAGCUGCGCCACCCCGCAGCAGUCCGUAAUGGACUCGUCCGAGGUCUCUACAAACAAGCGGCUGCUGGAAAAGAGUGGGUGAGUUGUGUUUAGUCUCUUUGCUAAAGAAAUCACUCAAAGCUAAAAAGAUGUUUGGUGGUCAGUGCUGUGGCUGGGACCCUAUACGUACUGUUGAUGAAGUUAGGUGCUGUUCUGAGCAUUGUUUGUGGCUAUAGAGUGGUGUUUUUGUUGAGGUUUGUUUAUGGCUCCUCAGACCGCUCUGUAUUGCUAUCAUGCGGUCGUUACUAAAGUUGGUAUAACUAGAGAGGCAACAUUCAUCUCUCGAGGGGUUGUCUAACUCGGUGUGUUACAGUGUGUUUGACCCCAAAAGAAUUUUUAGCUGGAAUAUCUCUUUAAGAAGCUGCAGUAGUUGUGUGCUCUGUCAGGUAGGGUCUGAACCUCCUGAUGUUAUAGAGGGCAGAUUGGUAGGACUGAGCAACUGAGGCAUUGUGAACCUUAAGAUUAGUUGGUCACAAAUAGACACACAAUAGACCUCUGAUCCAGCAGCAUAACAUUGACUACAAUGAUUAACAGUUGACCUGGAGAUCCUGUCCUGUACCGUUGGCAUGUACUGUUGGUACUGUAGAUGCUACUGUGGACCAAGUGAGCUACAGUAGCUUUAGUUAGUACAACCAAAGCCAGUUAGGAAUGUACUUUUCUAGUGAAGUUGUAGUGAUCCAGAGAAAAAUAGGUCAAACAAAGUGGGUGAGUCUCCAGGAGUCUCCAGCCAUAGUCUGGAGCUGGGUCAGGUAAAGAGUGGAAAUACAGUGGAUUAAAAAAGUCUACACACCCCUGUUCAACUGCCAGGUUUUUAUGACAUAAGAAAAUGACAGCAAGAUAAAUAUUUUCACAACUUUUUCCACCUUUUAAUGUGACCGAUAACCUGAACAAUGCAAUUGAAAAACAAACUGAAACCUUUUAAGGGGAAAAAUAAAAAAUAGAAAAGUUAAAAUAACCUGGUUGCAUUUAAAUAUGGUCACCCUUAAACUAAUACUUUGUUGCAGCACCUUUGGCUUACAGCACUCAGUCUUUUUGGGUAGGACUGACUGGUAUUUGGAACUGUUCAUAAUUCUCUCCACCCUGACUAAGGCACCAGUUCCAGCUGAAGAAAAACAGCCCCAAAGCAUGAUGCUGCCACGACCAUGCUUCACUGUGGGUAUGGUGUUCUUUUGGUGAUGAGCAGUGUUGAUUUUGCGCCAAAUACACCUUUUGCAAUGAUGCCCAAAAAGUUCAACUUUGAUUUCAUCAGAUCAUAACACAUUUUCCCACAUGCAUUUGGGAGAUUUCAGAUGUCUUUUUGCAAAAUUAAGACGGGCUUUGAUGUUUUUCUUUGUAAGAAGGCUUCCAUCUUGCCACCCUACCCCAUAGCCCAGACAUAUGAAGACAGCAGGAGAUUGUUGUCACAUGUACUACACAGCCAGUACUUGCCAGAAAUUCCUGCAGCUCCUUCAGUGUUGCUGUCAGUCUCUUGGUAGCCUCCCUGACCAGUUUUCUUCUUGUCUUAUCAUCGAUUUUGGACGGAUGUCCUGUUCUUGGUAUUGUCACUGUUGUGCCAUAUUUUCUCCACUUGAUGAUGAUGGUCUUCACUGUGUUCCAUGGUAUAUUCAAUUCCUUGGAAAUUAUUUUAUAGCCCUCACCUGACUGAUAUCUGUGAAUAAUGAGAUCCCUCUGAUGCUUUAGAAGCUCUCUCCUGACCAUGGCUUGUGCUGGAAGAUGUGGCUACAAAAAUGUCAGGAAAUGUCUACUAGAACAGCUAAACUUAAUUUGGGGUUGAUCAGACGCACUUCAAUUGGUGACAGGUGUGUGCUGACUACAAUUUAACCGGAGUUUGAAUGUUAUUGGUUAAAUCUGAACACAGCCACAGCCCCAGUUAUUAAAGGGUGUGCACACUCAUGCAACCACGUGAUCUCAGUUGUUUAUUUUCACUUCACCUCCCUGAAAGAUUUCUGUUUGUUUUUCAAUUGUGUUGUGCAGAUUAUAGGUCACAUUAAAGGUGGAAGAAGUUGUGAAAUUAUAUAUCUUGAUUUAAUUUUUUUACAUGACAAAAAACCUGGCAGUUGAGCGGGGGUGUGUAGACUUUUUAUAUCCACUGUAUGUAGAUUAACUUUGUGAACCUUAGAGAAUAAGUGGCAACCUAAAGUCAGCGCGGAAUGGAGACAAGCUACAGAGAAAGGACCAUAAACCAAACUUCUGAGGACAGAGCCUGACUGGUUGAAAACUGGGGAGCAGGACCACUGGAACAAAGAACAGAUGCAGCAAUGGAGGAGGCAGCUGGACCUCCACAGCCUGUGACAGGUAGGCUGUAGACACAGAAUUUACUGAAACCCUACAUGCUGAAUUUACAAAUUUUCAUAUAGAUGGCUCUUUGUGUAAGGACUUAAUAUGUCAUUAAAAACGAUGUCUGCCUAGGCUCCUCUGUCUUUAGGUCCAAAUGCAUGUACCAGUGUUUGUUAUUGAUACAGCAACAGUUACGGAAGAAUAUUUUCAUUUCCUAAUGGUAACGUUUUAUACAAGAGGAGUUGCAUUUCAUUAAAUAUAUCUGAUUUUCUGAUAGAAGUUUGGGGUGACUUUGUAGAAGAGCAGUAUGGACAUCUUUUUCUGUUGGGUAAUCUGAAUAUUUAAAAUAGUGAUGACAUUCAGCACUGUUUUUUUAUUUUAUUUUACAGAUCACAAGAAAAACCUUCAAAGAUGAGAGAGAUGCUGCAUCUGCAAGAUCUGAGGAGGCCUCAUCUGUCAGCCCAGCUUCUCUUUGGCCCCAGAAGAUGAAUUUUUCCUCAAAGAGAUCAGGUCCUCCCCUGUAAAGGUUUUGGUCCAAACAGAAGGAUUAUGUAAUAUUUCAAAAUCAUUGACUUAUUCCUUCUUUAAUAUGUAACCUAAGGUAAUCAAGCCAGGUUUACCAUCACUGAUGUCAAUUUAAAACGUUCCUUUGUCUUUCCUACUUACACAAACACACCACAUACCUUCAUAUCGCAACCACUGUUAGAAAGAAUUUGUUUUCACAUAAAGCCUUCAAAUAAAGACACUGUAUUUUGUUAUUCAAAAAUGUUUAAUGUAGUUUUUUUUUCCUGAAAAUUGAGGUUAAAACCAGAUUUUACUCAGUGUUUGCUACAACAGGACUUAAUGCUAGCUCUUAUAAAAUGUACUCAUGUAAAAAAAUUAAUUGGAAAUAAGAUAAUCAGAUGUUGAGAUUGUACUGCGGUGCUAAGGUAAUAGGUACACUCAAGCAGCAUUUUGUUAAUGUAACCAUUGACUAACAUUUUGACACGAAGGGCUGAGGAGCUGUCCAAAUAUUUGGCUGUACGGUGUAUGUCUUUUCAUUCUGUAUAUAUAUGCCGUGAAUCGUUGAAAAAGAAAAUACUAAUUUUCAUCACUAUUUCUUCCAAUGGUCUUUUUUAGCCAGCUCUCUGUGUGGUGAAAAUUUCCUUGAAACUUCAUCCUGACCAGCUUGUGGGAGACAAAUGCAGAAUACUGAUCACCUUUUUACCGCCUUUUGUGGGACAGAAAGUUCAGCCAAGUUUUCUCCAAUUCUUUAAAAUUCAGAGAAAUAUUUCUCUGCAGCUUUUGUUCUGCAGACUUGACAGACCAACAGCAGUUAAGCCCUACUGUUUUUCUCUGUGUCACUGUGGAUCUGUCCAGACGUUUUGACCGGAGUGGCACAGCUGGAGCGCUGACAUAGGUGUGGCCAGGGUAUCUGUGUGCACCAACACUGUCUGCUCCAUGGACUUUAACAAUAGCUAUCAUUAAAGUGUCAAACAGAGAUCAUAUGCCUGUGUAUGAUUUAACUUGAAUAAGAUAUGUAAAUGUGCAUUAGCCAAUCUAAUAACCUUCACCUGUGAUGGUCCUUUGCUUCUACCUCAACAGAGAUUGCUUGUGUUAGCCAAAGUGAAGUCUUACAGUAGCUCUACAGUGUAGAGAACCAUAAGUUUUUUGUUUUUUUGUCAGCUGGUUGUUUGCUGAAAAGAUCUCAGUUUAAUUUGAGCACAGACAGAGGCUGAGAUGUGACCUCAUUGUUAAUGAGUUAGUUAUAUUUGUUUGACACUUCCUAAAUCAGAUUAAAGAUCGACCAAUAUGUUUUUUUUUUAGAGCUGAUACCGAUUAUUAGUAAUCAAGGAAACCAGUAACCAAUAUUGAGAACCAAUAUUUAUUUGCUGUAAAAAUUUAUAUUUUUGUACCAAAAUUUUAGAUAACACACCUGGGAUUAGACUGAACACAGUAAACUGUUUGUUUACUUUGUACACUGUGAAAAUCUUUGAUAAGAAGACCUUUAAACUGUUGGAUAAUAAUCUUUUUUUGAAAAGGUUCAAACAAUUGUUUUAUUGUCUUAAUAAAGACAAUAAAUAAAAACAACAAAAAGUGAAGGGAUCUUAUAGCAGCAUUUAUGAUGAACUCUAACUGUAACUAAAAUUAAUUAACAAAUAAAAGCCCCCUAAAUUAGAUUAAAUAACAAUAAUUAACACUGGCUGUCUGUGUGGCCAAUCAGUGGGGACUGUAGGCGGGAAACAGCCAAGAGUGGCGACUUCAGGCAUGGAUGGUAAACAUGGAUGCCAUGUUUACCAGGAUAAUACAUUUUAUUCAUAAACUUUGUAACCAAAUGUUGUCAUAUAAAACAAUAAGUGCGGUGGAAAUGUCUGAUAUUAAAGAUAAAAGUAAUAAUGAUGACAGUUGUGGCAAUUAUACAUUACAAACAUUACUAAGGUGAAGCAUUUAAAAGAAAAGCAACCGACUUACCCAGAAAUAUCACUUAUAUAUUAAAGUUCACAAAGUCAUUGACGCAGGUUUGCAGAAAGAAACAAAGCAAUGCAAAAAAUCAAAAGAAAAAAAACUCUCUUUUACUGUUAAUCUUUUUAUAGAAAUUGCAAACUAAGGCAUUUCUAUUUGUGCGCUGUUAAAUCUUUGGUCAAAGGCAGACCUGGAGGUCAAGGUAACGGGGAGUAGAAUUACUUUUGCUCUCCAAAAAGUAAUCUUCUGUGUGGACCUGUGUUAAUCAUAGGGAUGCAUCAGCUUUAAUGUUUAUUGAUCUUGUGCCUAAGAAAUAACAGAAAGUGGUAGCAAAACUUCAAUUAGGCACUUGCUUAUGCUUUUUAACAUCCAUUGGGUCUCAUUUGUAAAAUGUUAGGGCACGACUUAUCCUGCUCUAACUACUUUUCAUGAUCGAGGGUUGAACCUUGGCUAAAAAAGUAGCGGCCUGCGGCUGGAUGAAGCCUUUUAGUUUUUCUUUAAUUGCUCACAAAAGGCUUUAUCUGUUUUUCUGUGAGACGCGUUGUGUGCCCAGAAGCACAAUGAAGCAUUAUAAAGCAGAUUAAAGUUUUUGUUUGUGUAAGAAGAAAAUUGAGUGGGAAGUAUUUUGAGAUUUAUAAAGAGACAUAUAUUAACCUUGUAAAGGUAGAAGCAAACUCAAAAUAAUAGUCACAGCCUGUCCAUAUUUUGUUGUAUUGAAAGUGGCCCUGGUGCUAGUGCUGGCUCAGAGCUGGUUCAAAAUAAACCCUAUUUCCUCUCUUGGGAAAUUCCAUAGCCUGCAAGGCUAACUUGAGGCAAGUUAUAUUUAUUAAUGAUAAUUCUUUUCUGUACAUCUGUAAGGCUAAAUGUGUUUUCUUUGGGUUGGAAAUUAGCACCCUUCACAUGUCAAAUGCAGGUUUUUCCUUUUUACAGCGUUAGGUGAGUGUGUUAAAUCUGCAAGCCACCAUAGUGGGUGAAUAGAGGAGGAACUGAAGAGAGAUAUUUAUGACUCAAAUGCUUAUUGAUUAAAGAGCACCCCCAACCCCCACUGCUCUCACAGCUGAUACUAAUGUUUACAGUGACAGGACAGAUGCCACGGUAAAAACGCUCAGUAGUUUGAAUGUGACAGGGAUGUAUUUAGGAGCCGGUGAUUCUGUGAAAGUCAGAUAUUCAAACACCAAACAAGAUUGUAGAAGCAAUAUGUUCUUAGACUCCAGAAUCACCUGCAUGUUUAUAAGUCUGACAAGACAGUUUACUUCUGUUUGUCUGGAUUAGUGCUUCAUAUUUCAAACCAGCUUGUUUCAGAACAGAUACUUCUGUAUUUUAAUGUUUGUGGAGAGUAUCAACCACACUGCUAAAAUGGAACAACACAACCUACUGAGGAUGCACAGAUCUGAUCCUGGCAACGGGUAUCGGCCAGAUCCUGACCCAAAAAGCUACUGAUCCAGAUAUUCGUGACAAAGGGCUGGUUCAUUGGGCCAAUCCUCAGGGCCGACUUACUCACCUCAAUGCUAAGCUUUUCUGUGUUUACAAGAGCUGGUAGGUCGAAACAUUUUGCUCAGCGGAGAGCUAAUGUAGUGAAGAGGGAGCUCAGUACAGAGGCAAGAAGUUCAGAGAUAUUCCAAGCUUGUUUUACCACCACGCGUAAAGGUAACUGUUGUGGUGUGGCAAAAUAAAAUUGAACUAUUUGUUUACUAAACAGUAACAAAAACUGCUCCUGCCUACCUGGAACCCCUCAUCCAGGUCUGCGCUCCCUCUCCAUAUGCUCUUCCAAUGAAAGCUGCAUGGUUCUCCCACCACGACAUAUCCCCAGGUCACCACCCAGACUCUUCUCUUCUCUUCUGUUGUUCCCUUAGUGGUGAAAGGAUUUACCCAAUCUGCAGAGUCCCUUUCCACCUCUAAUAAGAAGCUUCAGACCCAGCUCUUUUGGGAACAGCUGGACUUUGGUGGAAUGAGUACAACCAACAACAUCUGAUCCACAAAGUCCCACUCUGCAAUAGGGGUCUUUUGCCCAGCACUUUUGAGAAUUUCUUUACAGUUAAAGACUUAAAUGCUUAUAAUGAUGAUGUUGAAGGAUGACAUAAAUGAAAAAUAGAUAUUUUUUUAAGAAGAAGAACUUUAUUGAUCCCUGAAGGGAAAUUCAAUAUCAGUUUUGAUGCUGAAUCAAAAAGCAAACUCAAAAUCUACAACUGUACCACAAUGUGUUACAGUCAAAGUGUAAACUGGUCUUAAAGUGUGUGUUUAUAACCGUACAAAAUAACCAUAAAAAGUCUGUUAAGAAAUUUCUAAAAGGUGACUGGUAACCUCAUGGUGGACUGGACAGUGCGUUGAAAUCCAGUCUUAUUAUAACUGGGUCUGUGAUAAAGAGGGUCAGCGUGGCAUUAAUCAGAUUAGAUGUGGAUUUCUGCAGCAGUUGGGUGAACCAGCCUCUCUUUCUUGGCCGUGAGUGGGGGCAGUCACGUCUUUUGUUAAGCUGUAGCAGAGCCAGUCUUAGCUUGUCAACUAGGACCGGGCUGGUCUUUGGUUUUAUAGAGUACAGUACAGAUGUCAGUUAAACAUAAUGGGGCACAGGUUUUCAAAGAUGGGCCUGUGGGUUCUCCUAUAGGACAAUUUGAGGAUCUAACACUUCAAUAAUAUAUUCUGUUGAACAUUUCUGCAACAGUUUGUGUUAGAAAUUUUAUUGCAGGGGACAACAACAGAUGUUGUCGACCAAAACUUUGCUUUCAGGACCCCACACCAGGGCUCGACAGUGCGACCGUUUUACUGGCAUUUGCAACUAAAAAUAGAUGUGUGCGAAUUGCCAAAUGUAUUUAGGGGGCACGUACGCAUAAAAAAAAAAAUUAGACGACAAGUGUUUUUUCAUGUAAAUACUGUGGUGAAGUUAGUUUUAGGUUGGAUAUUUGACUGGCAUUCACUGCUGAUCUACUGGUGUCUUCUCACUCUCCAUAACCGGGAAUAGCAACAGCAGCGCGGUUUAAUCUACUCGUCACCCUUGCUGUCAACGUUGGGUGUUGAAUAAGGGACUAUCAAUAAAUUACCGGUUGAUGUUUUCAGAAAGGCUGUUUUCCUUCAAUAGCUUCCAUGUCAUGGGACCAAUUGACUUAAAAUUGAUUUCAAAUAACAGUGCUUGUGUCGACCAAUGAGACACACAUUAUUUGAUCAGUUUUCAUUGCACCCCUGAAGUUCUUUGUGUGUGUCUUACUUUUUUAACCUUGUAAAAAAAAGUUAGUGUCAAGCCUUGCACACACUACACACUCCUUUGUACGACACUCGUCAUCUUCUUUCAGAAGUUGUCUCAUAAGCUCAGUCCUCCUCCGGUAAAAAGGGCAUAGAAUGAAUCCCUUCGUCAUGUUUGAAACAUGUCCAGGAGCAUUUCAUUAGUUUCUUGGUACUCAAAGGAGUAUUUAUAAACUUAUAUGUCAGCAUGAAAGGAGUGGGGGUAGCAGACUACAGGUACCCCACCCAACAAAAACAGCUUCUCUGCUUGGUAUAUUUGUGCAUUGUCAACUUAUUCCACUUUCAACUGUAUUGGGUGGGUAAAAAACCAGCUUUGGUGGGCUAAGGCUGAGCCCACACUUUCCCAUAGCUGGCACCAGCCUGGAGCUGCAAGGUGUCUGUGUCGGGGCAUAGCCUAGGUUAGCUCCCCUGCUAAUAAGGCUAAUCCAUGUUUUUGCAUUGAAUCUCCUCCACAGGAAACCCAGGAUCAACUCCCAGCUUGUUGCUCAGCAGGUGGCCCAGCAGUAUCCAAUGCCCCCCCCACCUAAAAGGGAACGGAGGGAAAGGAGUGAGCGUACAGACAAGGAGCGUCCGGACUGUGAAGGUGAGCCAACCAACGGAGAAGGUCGUCCGGAUAUUGAGCGUCCGGAGAGAAUGAGACCAGAGUUAGACAGUCCUGUGAAAGAGAAUAGCGACAAGGAGCAGCCAAUAGAAGACAAGCCGGACACAGAGAAGGACAUCAGCCCCGCUGUCACAAAGAAGCCCAGCAAAAAGACAAGGUCAGUGUGCAGAUGAAGUUUUCACUCGUGUCUCUGGAUGUUGUCUGUCUAUUGAUAACUUCACUAGUGUCCCCUGACGAAUCUGAAGAGAGAGGUCUCUUAUUAAUGAGACUAAACUGUGAUGUAUUAUGACUGCCAUGUAAGUGUCACUGUGGCAGAAUACUGGAGCAAAGAUGUUUAGCUGCUGAUUUUUGGUUUAGAGCCGAAGUUUGAUUCAAUAUGAUUUAUUUGAGGAUUACGCUUAUUCAACCACACCCUCUGCUGUUUCUGCUGUAAGAUAUCACAGAUAAAUUCAGAAAUGUAUAUCAGAUAAUCCAGUUUGUUUCUCCAACGUCAAAAGGAAAUUCAAUUGUACAUCAUUUUCUUAUUCACUGGGACGUUCAAAUCAUUUUUUGCCAUCUCCAGCCCUCUGACAGGAGAAGUAGAGAUAACAGUUGACACAACACUUAACCACGCCACUCUUAUUGUAAACACUAAGGAGUACACACCACAGGACAACAAGUCUGGCUGUUUGAUCACAACCAGCACCAGGACAAAGUUGCAGCAGCCACAUCUGUAUAAUGGAGUGUCUCUCUUUAGCUUAAUGCUUGUGUUUUGGUGACACAACAGACUUGAGCACAUGUUUACUGCUACACAAGGUACCUGCUCCUGAAAACAUCCUGUUCCCUGGUGUAGCUUUGGUAGCAAGGGCCUCCAAUAACAUACAGGGACUUAAUCUGUGCAGAAUUAAUGCAUACACCCUUUCAGAGAUGCAAUGUACACAGAGCAUCGAUGUUGCACGUGAUCUUUUUUUUUUUUCACAAACGUGACCGAUGAUGCCAAAGUUCAUAUCACAUCAGCUGAUGGUCUAUUUCGACCACAGAGGAGAUCUUUAGGCCUCAGUACUCACCAGCUGUCCUCAGUGUAGUUACUUUUGUGUAAAAUAAGCUUCAGCCAAUUGUUUUUGAAAUUUGGUUCAUUUUUGUUGCCAACUGCUUGCUCCCUAGUUAUACCAACGGGUCCCAGCCAUAGUACUAGCCAUCAAACAUCUUUUUAGCUUUGCCUGGUUUCUUUAGCAAAGAGACUAAACACAACUCACCCACUCUGCUCCAGCAGCCGCUUGUUUGUGGGGGGAGCCCUGACAAGUCGAUCACUGAGUGCAGCGGAUGAUUUCUAUGAAGUAAUUAUCAUCAUAUCAAUCAUUUUGCAUUGCAGACGUGGUAGUUCUUCUGCUUUAGCGUUUCACUCUGAUUGCAUUUCCAUGAAGUAAUGAUCAUAAAUGUUCUUCCUUGAGCUGCGAAACUGCGCUGCACUCUGUGAUCGACUCGUCAGGGCUCCCCUACAAAUAAGCAGCUGCUGGAGGAGAGUGGCUGGGACCCUAUAAGUACUGUUGAUGAAGUUAGGUGCUGUUCUGCAUUAUUUGUGACUAUAGAGUGGCUUUUUGGUUUAGGUGUGUGCAUGGAUCCACAGACCGCUCUGUAUUGCUACCGUGCGGUCGUUACUGAAGUCGGUAUAACUAGAGAAGCAAGCAGUCGGCAACAUUCAUCUCUUGAGGGGGUGUUACGGUGUGUUUGACCCUAACUUAACGUUACGCUGGAAUAUCCCUUUAAUGUAUCACAAAGCAAUGUGAACUUGUCCUCAUCUGUGCCAGAACACAAAUAGUUAAUGAGCCUGAAGAUUGCUAAAAAGUUGGUGUUGGCGCUGCGGAUUGGGCUAGUUUUGGGUUAACCAAAACAGAAAAGAGUUAGUGUUGGUGUUUCUUCUGCAGGUAGGCAUUGCCAUUUACUUUGACUAGAGUAGAACUGUAAAAUCAUAGUUGUGAAAAAAUCAGAAUGUAUUCUCAACUAAUGUUAGAGACACUGAGGAGAUCGUUGACCCCACUCUGGUCUCUUUGACAUUUGGUUUACUGGCGCUUUUUCUUGUACUUUCCCUAGAAAAAAAAUGGAUGUACUUCAGAGCACAUAAACAUGUUGAUCUGACAAACCUUUGCGCUGUGCUUGAUAGUCCUCCUGUUGCCAUAGUGACACAUGACAGCUUCCAUUACUUAUACAGUCAACAAAUUUGCUUGAUGUAAGCCCAGAGGAGAAAUUACGUUUGAUGUAUUUGAUGAAUGUAAAAACUCCUGAAACUUUUUUGUUAUACCACAACUGUUACAAAAAGACGUGUACCUGCCACACGACCCAUCGCUGUCUGUGAAUCACCAGCCAAAUGGAAUAUAAAAUAUUCUUUGACAGUCCUGCUGCAUCCAACAUAUCUUUCAGUCUUUCCAAGACGUCACCUACAGUCGAUGACUAUCAUUAUGAGGUGGUACAUUGUCUGACAGUUGUUAGCUUGUGAUCACUUAUGAUCACUGCGGCCUUUCUCUUGUCGUGCUUUCUUUGUCCCUCAGAAAUGUCAAACACACACCUGCCUCCUCCUCCUCAUCCUCCUCCUCCUCCUCUUUGCACGACAGUCUGUACUUCUGCAGCAUAACAUGCUGAAGAAACAACAGUCCUCAGUGAAAUGUGACAUCUGCAGCUUCCUUGUUGUGAAUUAAUCUGAGUUAUUGAUGCUGAAGUGGAAAAAGAGUUGGUUAUAGGGAGGGGCAGGACACACACUUUGCUGCAGUAUGCACAGCAUCUCCGUUUAAUAUCCACUCCUACCUGCAUGCUUUGAUUGAAGGGCACUUUUCUAUCAUCUGGUCUGGUGUUGAUUUACACUCUGUUGUAAGUUUGGAAAAAGUUCAAUAUUCAACCGUUGAUUUUAGGGCUGGGCGAUAAACUGAGAAUUUACUGAAACCGAAAUUUACGACAAUAACCAACGUCAUUUUGCCCAUAUCCAAAAAAGUAAAUAAAUAAAAGUUGGUUUUGGAUUUGUGUAGGCAGGUUAUGGUUAUGGAGACGUGACUCCACCCCAUCCAGUCCGUAACAAAGAGGGAAAGACAGGCGAGGAGAUGGAGGACGGUUCAAAAGUUGUAGCGACUGGAGCAGCAGCUGAAGUAGACGAAGUUAUUGUGGGAGGGGUUGAGCAGCUUGUGGAGUUGUUAUCGUCCAUUUAUCGUUAUCAAGGUGAACUGCUCAAUAUAUCGUGAUAUUGAUUUGAGGCCAUGUUGUCCAGCCUUAAUUGAUUUAACAAUCACCCUCUGCAACAAGUGGCUCACAUGCUACGAAACUGAUUCAUGAAGAUAAAACUUUUGUAACUUAGAGAUUCUGCUGAUGAGGACAGAGACAAAAAGAAAGUUAUUUCAUAUGAACUUAUACUUACAUAUGUUACCUCUUUGUUAAAACAGUCAACUAUAAUCAGCACAUUUUCAGGUAUAUGGUGAAAUAAAGAGUUAUAACAAUCAAUCAUUUUUUGAUCUAAAAACAGUAUUUCACGAUUACAUUUGAAGGUCAUUCAUUUCUGGCAUUGUUAGGUACUUAAGUAGUGUCACACCAAAUAACACGAAAAGAUGGAGCUGAAACAAAGAUGCCAGGAAGAUUGUACACUGUGACAAAAGACAUCCGGCGCUCAUGGUCCUCUGAGAUGUUUUCUGUACUUUUUGGUUUAUCACAGACCCCUCACCCCCAAAGAUACCAGAAAGCAAUCUUCAUUAAAAUAUCCUAAUAUCCACAUAAUCCAAGUCACUCACAUGUCACUCAAAUGAUCCAAAUGAACUGUCAAGUUGACCCUGACUUACUUUGUUCCUAAAAUUUCUACAACUAUUGAAUCGAGCUCCAGUUUUAUCAGCGGCAUUGAAAAAGUGAAGGUCAAUGAUGGAUCAAAAAUAGGCCUACAACUAAAUAAUGUAAACAUAAAACGAAGCAUAUUCCCCUUUAAGUUUUAACACCCUCCUUAUAAUAACCGUACAUGACUGAUCACAUCUCUACUGGUGUUUGUCGUUUUUCCCCCCAGGCCCAAAUCAGACCGCCAUCACAGCCCACCCAGUGACAAACACAGCAUACUGUCCGGCAAAUCAGUGACCAAGACCAACAAGAACUCUCACAUUUCCAGGUGUGUGUUGCAGUGUGUUUUUUAUUUUUGUGUGUCUUUUUGGUGAAAGAGUAGCACCACAAAACUUGUUUGUAGUGAAACACAUUUGCUUCAAAGUAAGUACGAUCUCUUUGUAGUUUUAUACGAUUAUAAGUGUUUUCUCUCUCAGUCCAGAUCUUGUUGCAUGAACAGUUUGCCAGCACUGUGGGGUUAGGUAUGAUCGUCAUGGCCCUGCAUACCUACUGUGGUUUCCAUGUGUGGUCAGUAAUCUCUUCUUGAUCAUCUCUUUUCCCCGUCAGGCCCAAGCUGAAGAACAUUGACAGGAGCACCGCCCAGCAACUGGCUAUCACUGUAGGGAACGUGACGGUGAUCAUAACAGACUUUAAGGAGAAGACCCGCUCCUCCUCCACAUCCUCCUCCACCAUUACAUCUAGUAUGGGCUCUGAACAACAGCACCAGAGUUCUGGCUCAGAGAGCAUGGACAAAGGCUCAUCACGCGCCUCGACACCUAAAGGGGAUCUUUCUCUGGGGAAUGACGAGUCAUUCUGAAGCCACCGACCGCCCCUACCCCCACCCCCAUCCCAUCCUCACCUUGCAUCAUUUCCUCCUCCCUCCACUUUUCUGGAUAUUCUGGUUUGUAAGGGGGAGAGAUUCACCUCUCCGACUGCUGACCUGGCUCCUUACCACGACCGGCUCUCGAUGCUGAGAGGAGCUAGCUGCCUGAGUGGAACAGUGCGGUGCACCUGUAAGGGGAAUAAGCAGCUCUAUUUUGGGGGAACUCCGUCAUGGUUUUAUCUAUGGCACAGAUGUGGAGAGUUGGGCUAAAAGGAAUACCACCCCCCACCCAAACUACCCUGCAGUAGCACCCAGACACUUCUAUUUAAUUUUUUGUAUUCGUAUGUGGAUGUGAGGCCAAGUUGACAAUUUUUUUGUAAAAAAGAUUUCUUUGCUGGGCACAAUAACCACCAUCAUUUCAAUGACUAAAAAAACUAUUAUUACCCUUAUUUAUUAUUACCUGUUGCAUCUGUAUACUUUGAUGUCCUUUUUAUGUUGAAGCUUUGCAGUGCAGCUCUGCCAAUUGAUCAUCCAGUCAGUGUUUUUGUGACAUUUUAAGAAUCGCAGGACAAGACUCGAGUCCAACACGCAGGCGCAUUUUGACGCAUAUAUGAAUAAACACACUGGUGCUAGAUACACUGUGAGCUAUUCUGCAGACCCGGAAUUUUGCAGACCCAUUCACCCAAUGUGACACAGUGCUGAUGAGCUCAAAUCUCAUUUUCUUACCUCAGCAACACUGUCUCACAUUAGAGACUGUCAGGACCUCUAACAAAUCCGUCUUCUUGUUUUGUACAGGUCAAUGUGCAGCAGAAGAAGAAGGCCAUCUGGCAUUCAUUUGUCCGACUCUAUUCCGACUACAUUUUUGUUGAUUUGGUAUGCUAUAGUAGAUCUCUAAUACAGUAUCCUAUGUCCUUAGCUGUAAAGUGUUGGCUGUUGUGUGAAACACUAAAAGCUCUUGAUGUUUUCUGCAUUCCAUGCUUAUAUAUCCAGUUUCCUGGCUGAAGUUGCUUUAGCUAGCUUUUUCUGUUGUAACUGAAGGAUGGAUACUCAAAGUUCCACUUGGUAAACUCAUAUCAAACUGUAAAAAAGAAAAGACCUUCUGUGUCAAAUUGUUGUGAAUUAAUGUUUCUGUUGUUAUGGUCCUGAAAACAACUUGCAAUUACUUUUUUCUUUUCAUACAUAAACUAAAGCAAACAUUCAAUUUUUUAUUUUAUUUUUAUUUUUUACAAAGAUUGGUCAUUUAAAUAAGCUUAAAAAAGCAAUUCAAGACUCCAAUUAUUGACAGCAAAAAAAAAUGUUUAAGGUAGUCGAAAGACUACGAUUGCCCUUUGAAUUAUUAUUACUGAAAGACUUAGUUAAGGGUUUUGAUUCACCUUUUACCAUAACUGAUACUAGACCAACAUAAUUUACAUUAAAAUGUAUGAAAAUGUACAAAGGAUAAAUGUAUAUAUAUUGUAGUUUUAUUUAUUGAAGGACCAAAGGAAUUUCAUAUUCACGAUAAAUAGGCAGAUAAAUAACAAAUUGAAAUGCGAUUAUCUUAUGUAUGAGAUGAAUAUCAACUUAAAUAAAGACUAAUAUAAUCCAUGUAAAUGGUGUUAUUAUUAUUCAGUGUCUCGGUGCAUGGCUAAAGUGGGGCAGAGAACUGUCAAUCAAGGGAGCCAACUAUUAUAUAGAUGAUUAUCGAGCGGUGGAUUUUGCCUCGCUGAGCAGGAGAUGGGACGCAGACUCGGUGUGUUUGUGUAGCUGUUAAGAGCUUUGGGUCUGCACGGUUGAAACCGCUCCACUUCCAAUCCCUCCUCCUCUUCUGACUGACUACAGUGCUCACCUAAAAGAGGCCUCGACUCACUAAUUGAGCUGCUCCCAAAGAGGAAAUAAAACAAAAUAAAUAAAAGUUGGUGGUUGAAGUUUACAAGUUCCAAAAAGAAAACCUAAUAUGUCCUUAUAGGAUCAGAGAGGCAGGAUUAAAGCUUUGCUGCUUCACACACAGGGGUGAUAAUUUGUUUCAGCACUGUUUGAAGUCCAAGACGUGUGUAAAUGAGUUUUUUUUUUCAUUUUCUGCCCAACGGUUAUCGAGUGAUUCACUGCAUCCAACAAUGAAGUCAGUGUUGAAAGUGAAGAAAACUUCUGUGAAUAAGGCUGAAAAGUUUGAUACGGUUGAAAGCAUUACGUUGAAUUCUUAUUAAGAACUAAAGGCUUCUUUAUACUGGAAGAAUGGGCCCUACACGCCAUCUUUUAACCGCCUUUUUUUAAUUUUAUAGCCACAUUAGCUUCUUUGAGUGCUCCAACAGAAAGCCUUUUUUGAUAAUUAACCUCUGAAUUGCUACUUGUUGAGUACAUGAGUUACGGCUUGUAUAUAGAAUUUUAAACCAUUAUAGAAGCAAACACACUGAAAAUGGCGAAGGAGCUGAAUUCAUUUAAACUGAAUUCUCUAUUUCCUUUCCGCGCAAGCAGUUCUGUUCUUGUGUGUGACCAGUAACCUUAAUUUACUGUGUAAAGAUGGUUACAUUUUUUUUAGCUUUGUUUGUCAGAGAUCCAAGUAUUCGAGGCUCAUUUACUGACUGUAUAAUCUAAACCAUGAAUUUCCAAUUAAGUGUAUUAUAUAAAACUAAUUUCUUCUAUAACAGUGUCUUGUACAAUGCUUUUAAGUAAAUGCUUGGUUUAACGAAGGGAAAAAAAAGAUUUAGGUAAAGGCCAAUAAUCCACUCUUUGUUUAAUUCAGUUAUAGUUUUUCAUUCUUUCUUAUGUGUCAUUGCUUCCCUCCUUGUGAAAUGGUUACAUUCUGUUCCUGAUGUGAAAAUGUAGGCAGCAUUUUCAGUUGAUCAGAGCUUCUUGUCAAGCUUAUAAUGUUACAAUAAUUCAUGUUUCUAGCAUGUGCACGACUGCCCUUCAAUGCUUACCUAAUCGUUUUCCUCUGCUUCAAAUAGAAAAUGUCUAUUUAUGAAUUUUGCUUGUAGUUUUUCACAAAUAAAUUGUUGAAGAUGCACUUUUUA